GUCUGGCAACUGUUCAGUUUGGCCUUGGGUUUUGAGCAGCUUGAGAGUGCUUUGCGAAAGAAAUGAUUCUUUCCUGUGAUCUAAGGUGCUUUUCUAUUCGAUAAUAAAAACCAUUGGCACUGAGAAAACAGCUGAAACAACUUUUCUAUUGGAUGCAACUGUUGCGCCGGAUGGUGAGGUUUUAAGUUUGAUAAUUAUGCCAAACUUUUCGCUGAAGUUAAAUUUGUUCACUUCAUCCAACUUUUGGUAUAAACGCCAAAAUUAUUUUACUACAGUCCUCUUGCUGAUCAUCGAUAUAAUUUGAUGAUGUUGGUUUCCCAUGGUUGCAACAUGUUGUGACGCCUACAUGGUACAGCUCACACACACACACACAGCCUGCACAAACAAGGAAGAAUCUGUUUUGGUGCAAAACCAGUUUGAUUUUACAGCAACAGUGUACUACAAUCACGUACUGCGUAAAGACAAAAGCGGUGCAGUAUUCAGCUGCUGGCGAUAUCAGUUAACCAUUUUCCGGGCGGCGCAUGCGCACAACCACACAAACGCCCACCAGUCAAUGCGCAGUUCAUAGGGUCCUACCUCAUGCAGUCUAUGAAGCAGAUGCCACGGCAGCUGUGAAGAGACUCCAGGAUGGUGGAUCAACUGCGUACGAGGACACCAGAUGUGAUGCGAGACUUCCUCGUGCCCUUCAGGAUACUGAGGAAGAAAAGAGUUUUGAUAAACCAAAAUGAAUAAAGUGUGAUCAUCUCAGUGUAACGAUACUUCUUAAAACAGGUACUGAAGCUGUGCAGGGAGCAAAGAUCAUUUAUCACUCUUCAUCUUGCAAGUAAGCAAGUUGGUGAAGUCAUGGAAUUACCAAGAGGAAAUGUUGCUGACAUAGAUGCGCAAGAUGAAGAAGGCAACACAGAAUUACAUAGAGCUGUUAACUCUAACAACGGGGAUUUGGUUCAGGAACUCAUCCAGAUUGGGGCUAAAGUCAACAUUCAGAACAAUCAACAACACACACCUUUGCAUCUUGCAACGAUGAAAAGAUAUAUUCCUAUAAUGGAAAUACUUCUUCAAGCUAAUGCUGACUGGGAUAAUAUCGAUUUUAGUGGCAAUAUGGGUGCUCAUCAUGCAGCUUUUAAUGGCAACUGUGAAGUUAUGGAGAUCCUCUUAGAGUCAGGACUUGAUGUGAACUCCCAAAACAAAAAAGGACAUUCAUUGCUUCAUUUGGCAGCCCGUGAAGGUCGCACAGACUUAGUGCAACUCUUGAUCAGUAAAGGUGUGGAAAUCAAUGUUAUCAAUAAAGCUGGAAAAACUCCCCUUCACCGUGCUGCUUACCUUGGACAUACUAAAAUUGUAACUCUGCUGCUAGAAGCUCAACCUGAGGUGCAUCAGUCAACAGAUGGCGUGUCCUUCUUGCACGAGGCAGCUCUGGGUAACAGGCUUCACACAAUUCAAACUGUUUUCACGGAUUUUCCCCUUACAAUUAGGUCUCUGUCAGUGUAUCUUGCCCGCAGUGCAGCAGACUAUGCUAGUGCUGCUGGUGGCAAUGAUUGUACAUGGUGGUUAAGAAAACAAAUGACUAAAGACACUGGGAUAUGUGGUCCUUCCACAAGUAGUCUGGAUGACAGCAAGAAAAUGUACGAGAAAAGCGGAUCUAACAUAAUUGAGCGAGCUGGAAUGGAGGGUAAGCGGGAAGCUAAAUGGCUGAAGAAAAGCGCAACUGACGGACAGAUAGAACCGCAUUACAUGGAUGAACAGGGGGACACAAUCCUUCAUGCAGCGGUAAGAGGCGGUAACGAAGAUACUGUGACAUCUCUCAUCGAGGUUGGAGCACUCUUGGUAGCCAGAAACUACCAGAACCAGACACCAGUAGACAUUGCCAACAGCAUGGGCACAAGUUUGCAGGAUUAUCUGCCCAAGGAGCCAGACACACAGCUAGACAGCAGAAUAGCUUCGCAACUCUACUCGAUACUGCUGAAUAUCAUUGCUGGAACAACUGACCUUGAUGAUCCUGACAGAAGAAUACAAACAUCUCCUACAGGAAGUGAAAAUAAUCUAGAUAGACAGGUCCAGCAAAACAAAGUACAGAUCACAAUGACAGUGAGUAGAUUGCUGGCCUGGGGAGUACCUCAUGAGCGUCUAGGAAGUUGUGACAGGCCCAUAUUGCCACUGGCCGUUAAAACUAAUAACAGAACUUUGCUGCCAAUGCUCUUGGCCGCUGGAUUUCCACUUACCACGACAGAUUCAGGACUAGGCCUUGUCCAGUUAGCAUGGUUAACUCCGGACAUUACCAUUUGGGUUGGAAUGGUAGUAACAAGGGCUGUCGUCAAUACUCUCAAGUGGGAACAUAAGAUGCUGCUUGAGAUGUUGAAGGAUGAAGCUGUGGAGGGUUCUUGUUUGCUCUACUUGACACGAAGCUUGAACAAUCUGAUACUUGAAGAUUUGUCUGGAGAGAAGCCUUGGGAAGCUCAAUUUAUGAGUCCAGAUAGUGCUUCAUUGACACAGCUGUACUUAACAGCAUGCAGAUACGGUGCUACCUUAACAGCAUGGUACGUCUGGAAGGCAGGCGGAAGCAACUAUGAUAGGGAGCUGCCUUAUGACUGUACAGCUUUAGAGGCAGCUCUGGAUGGAGGACAUUCUUCAACUGCAUUACGCCUAGUCCUAGAUAUGGAUGCUAAUCCUUUCCUCAAGAAUAAAGAGGGAAAACUUCCCGUCGAUUUGUUUCCGAGAAGUUAUAUCUCCUGGAGGUUUGUGAUGUUGGGGAAGGAUUAUCGAGCCCUUGACAAGAUGGCGGAAAAAUUCAAAGAUGAAGAUGAUAAACGAGAGCUUCAGCAAAUACUGGAAAUUAAUUUUCAUGAAACUGAGAUUCCAAUACCUGAGAACUUCAAUUCUGAUAAAGAUAUAAAUCUUUUGCAACUAAAGGCUUUGAAAGUGUGCUGUGAAAAGCCUUUGCCAUUAUUUUUACAUCUCUUGACAUCACUUACAAGUCCUGAUCUCGAGAGCAUACUGAAUGAAGUUUGCGAAUCUCGACCCCUCCACCAUGCAGCUAAAAGUGGGAAUUCUUCCGCUGUUGCAUAUUUGUUAGAGUGUGGGGCAUCUCCUCUUAGUAAGGAUCGCUCAGACAUUUCGCCCAUUCAGUAUGCUGCUAUGUUUGGUCACAGGGAAACAGAAAACAUCCUCAUCAGGAAUCUGACAACAGACAGUGAAAAGAGCAAACGCAUAAAAUUAGAACAAUCUUUCUCAGAACAUUAUGAGAAGUACCUAAACCACUAUGGCCUCAGUCGUGGUGAUACUGGAAAAUCAAGGUAUGUGAAUGUUCAGACAUAUGAGAAAUUGCUUACUAGCCGUUUUGAUCAUAUCAAGAAACAAUUGCUAGAGAAAGGCGUGGAAAAUUUCGCAACAGAAAAUCUUGUCAGUUAUACAGAUGGCGAGGCUCGUGAAAUCAAAGAUGCUGUAACUCAGUUCCUCUACUUAUUGAAUGAACAAAUAUCUUUAAAGAAUAAGAUGUUUGAAGGAGAUAUAGGAUUUGUCGGGAGUUCUGAAGAUAACGUUCGCUUAUAUUGUCCAGAUGAGUACGACUGUAAUCUGGUUUUGAAGAAAAUCAGUGCAUAUCCAGAUGGAGAGAUUAAAGCUGAACUUAUUGACCUUGAUGAAGCAAAGGCCAUACAAUAUGGCCACAAAAAGUCUUUGAAAGUACAGCCAGUCAGAGAAGAUCUCAGAAGUUUGAUGAAAGGAACCUGUUUUUUAGAUAGUUUUUAUAAUAUUGCCAGGGAAUCUUUGACUGAAAUGGACUUGAAUGGUGGCAAGUUGAAGGUAAUAAUGCCUGGAAUUAAGAGAACACAAGUUGGUAUAAAUUUAUCAUUCCUGUGGUUAGGUACCGAAUACCCAAUGCUCUUCAUAGACGUAGAUUUCGUUCCUACUGUGAGAGCCCCAUGGCCAGAGGGUCUUCCAAAACCCAACUGCAGUCUAGACAGGCGUCACCUGAAAGAGGUUUAUUUGAGCAAUGUUGGUGAAGACGAAUGGAGACUAUCUUUUGGUCCUACAGAAUCUAAGAUUAUGAGAGGUCUGAGUGUUAACAAGAGAGAUGUGUUUCUGGUUUGCAAGAUGAUCUUGGCUGCUUUCAAAACGGAGAACUGGGUUCCCGCUGAAAUAAAGAAUCAGUUUAUGUAUUGGGACAGCCGGAUGUUUUCUCUCCACUCAAAAGGAGGCUUUGCCCUAAAGAACUGUUUUUUCCAGGAACUUAAGAGUAUUACUAACGAAGAGGAAUGGACAAAGGAUAAGAUUCUCAAGAGAGUCAAGUCAGUGUUUGAGAGAAUGUGUUUGAUAGAAGAGCAGCGUUCUUUGGUGGGAGGUAUGGAAGUCGAUGGCCAAUAUCCAAAACCUGUCAAGGCUUAUUUCGGAGGCGAUACAGAAAAGAAUUCUGAAUAUUUCAUUGCUCCAGAAAUAGUGAGGUUUUUGAGAGAUGUGAAUAAAGAUUAAGAUGAUCUAGGAUUGAACACCUAGUUUAUGACAGGUUUUUCUUUUAACAUUUUUAUUCUGCUUUCCUUUUCAUUAUCCAUCAUAGCAGCAAUUAUUCGAAUGUGGCUUUCUUGACGUCUUUUAGUACAGAAGUGUCUGAGAUAAAGUCCCCCACAGCAUUCACUGAAUUUCUUGGUCCUUUUGGAUAUUUCCUCACUGUUCAUAUUACCUCUGUGAACAUACUUCCUAGAUAUUUGAAGGUAUUUGAAUUCUUAACCACUGUAUUUCAUUUCCUGUUUUUUUAUGCUUUGUGUUGUUUGGUAUUUGUUAAUACGUCUGUUUCUUGCAUAUUCAUCUUGAAAUCAUUUAAAGCAUACCAAUGCUUUUUUGUAGUUCAAUAUGGCCCCAAAGCUACAUCAACUGCAAAAAUCACGAUAUCUCCUAAUAUACUGAUUUUUUCUUUAGUCCUUUACCGUAUUGUCCAAAUUCGCAACAAAUAAGAGGGAGAAAGAACACUUCCCUGUUUAACCCCUUUGU